UCUUUACUUUAUUUUCUCUCUUAAUUUUUUUCUGGGUUCAACUUCGUACUUUUCAAUUUGAACUGGUCUUGUUGAUCUAAAAGGGUUCAAAAAGAGGGGUUUUUGUUAUUGGCUUGCUGAUUGUUUCAAGAUUUUGAUUAGUUUUACAUUGAAACGACUGAAUGAUCUAAUGGAGACCAAGGGUGGUAAAAAGAUCAAGUCCAGUAGUAGUAGAUCCUUGUUCUAUGAAGCUCCUCUAGGUUACAGCAUUGAAGAUGUUCGACCCCAUGGUGGGAUCAAGAAGUUCCGAUCUGCUGCUUACUCCAACUGUGUCCGAAAACCAUCCUGACUCUCGCUAAGUUCCUAGAUAGUCCCAAAUCCUCAAUCUCACUGCAAUCAUAUAUAGUUUGUUUACUUGCUUGCUUCCUUGUUCUCUAGUACUUCUUUCUUUCUACGUGUGUUUACUUUAAUCGAAGAUGGCCUUCCAUGUCUCUGCUAUUGGAUUCGAAGGCUAUGAAAAAAGACUUGAGGUGUCAUUUUCUGACCCUGGUUUCGCUGUUGAUCCUCUAGGGAUGGGCCUCCGUGCCUUAUCCAAAGUUCAACUGGAUGAAUUCCUAAAACCGGCUGAAUGCAUGGUCGUUUCUUCACUGUCUAACGAUCAUGUUGAUUCUUAUGUCCUUUCUGAAUCGAGCCUCUUUGUCUACCCAUACAAAAUCAUCAUAAAGACUUGUGGCACUACAAAAUUGCUCUUUGCAAUCCCUGCUAUUCUGAAACUGGCCAACAGCCUUUCUCUUUCUGUACGGACGGUGAGGUACACUCGUGGGAGCUUCAUAUUUCCCAAGGCUCAACCAUUCCCACACCGUAACUUCUAUGAGGAAGUUGCGGUCCUUGAUCGCUAUUUUCCUAAGCUUCGUCCUUAUAGAAAGGCUUAUAUCAUGGGUGGUUCCAAUAAAACAAAGAAAUGGCAUGUUUAUUCUGCUUCUGCACAAAUGAGUAGUCAUUCAAAUGCAGUGUAUACUUUAGAAAUGUGCAUGACUGGCUUGGACAGGAAGAAGGCAUCCGUCUUCUACAAAACUCAUGCAAGUUCAGCAGCUUUGAUGACCGAGAAUUCAGGUAUACGAAAGAUUCUUCCGCAGUCACGGAUAUGCGAUUUUAAGUUCGACCCUUGCGGUUACUCCAUGAAUUCAAUCGAAAAUGAUGCGAUUUCAACAAUUCACAUCACUCCAGAAGAUAAUUUCAGUUAUGCCAGUUUCGAGGCAUCUGGUUAUGAUCUCGAGACUCUGAAUUCAACUCAACUGGUUGAGAGGGUGUUGGCUUGUUUCAAACCGUCUGAGUUCUCCGUAUCUGUACAUGUUAACGUGAAUGGAGAUGACCUUGGGUGUGGAAUCUCAUGUUCCGUGAAUGGAUACCGUUGCGAAAAAAGAUGCUUUGAAUGGCUCGGGAAUGUCGGUUCAGUUGUUUACUACAGCUUUGCCAGUGCUGAUAUGUGUGUGUCUCCUAGUUCAAUUCAGAAAUGGUGCAGGUGGGGAAAGGAUGAGGAGAAGGAUAAGCACGUGGUAGGGGUGAGGCCUGUCCUGUUCCAUUUGAGUGCUCUAUAGCUUUGGAAUCAGUCUGUUUCUGGAAAAGAGAAUUGCAGUGAGUUGAAGGAACAGAGGGAUAAGGAUGUUGAACUGUUUUAGUGUUUUUCUUUUAUCUUUUCAUGAAUACUUUUUUUGUUUUGUCUUGAAUAAAUGUAUUUCUACCUGUGAUUUUGAGUGCAAAUUGGAUUGUGGAAAGCAUUGUGCAAUUGUUGUUACUACA